GACCAGUCAGCUGUAACUAGCCUACUGCAGGUUUGUUCAUCAUUGGGACAGCUGAGAAUGGCCAAGGAGGUCCAUUGCUAUGCCCUAAAGACUUUCUGUAAGCUGGACACACUACUGCUCAAUGCUACCAUCACUGUUUAUGGCAGAUGUGGUGAUGUCACCAGUGCAGAGAUUCUGUUUGAUCUUUUGCAAAACAAAGACAUUAUAUCAUGGACGGCAUUACUAACUUGCUAUGCACAAAAUGAUCAUACUCACGAGACACUCUUGUUCUUCAGGGAAAUGCUUCGGAAAGGCUUGGGAUCUCCUGUCUUUUGCAUUACCAGUGUGCUAAGAGCCUGUUCUAGCACCACAAACUAUGCUGUUGGAUGGCAAAUUCAUUCUAGGGUAGUGAAGUUAGGAAUUGAUGAUGCAGAUUCUGUUGAGAAUGCUCUUUUGACCAUGUAUGCCAGGUGCGGAAGUGUUCGUAUUGCAUUGAAGAUCUUCAAUUCAAUGAGGAGUAGAGGCAUUAUCUCGUGGAAUGCACUAAUCACAAGUUUUUCACAGCAUGGCAAUGAGGUGGCGGCCAUUCAGCUAUUUCAUCUGAUGCAAGAAGAAGCAGUGUGUCCAGAUGAUUACACUUUUGUUGGCUUGUUAUCAUCUUGCAGCCGAAUGGGCCUAGUUGCAGAGGGUUGUGAGUAUUUCAAACUGAUGAACACCAAGUACAAUGUGGAGCCCAAGAUGGAACAUUACACCUGCAUGGUUGAUCUGUUUGCCCGUGCUGGAAGAUUUUCUGAUGCACUAGAGUUUAUUGAUGCUAUGCCUUGUCAUCCAGACAAACUUGUGUGGGAAGCUUUGCUAGCUUCAUGUAGGACUCAUGGUAAUGUGGAGUUAGGAAGGCUGGCCGCAAAGAAGAUUCUUGAAAUAAGACCAGAUGAUCCUUCACCAUACAUUAUAUUAUCCAGCAUUCAUGCUUCAGUUGACAUGUGGGAAGAGAAGGCUUUGAAUCGUACUGUGUUUGAUUUCCAACGAGUAAGAAAAGACGUGGGAAGUAGUUGGGUCGGUGGAGAAGAAUAUUCAGAUAAUACAUUUGAUGUAUUGCAAGUUGAAACAACGUAAGAUGGGUGAUGUGUUGAUGCUUCGUUUUGUACACAUCAGGUGGAGUUGAGACAUAAUGGACUCGAAGGUGUGUGAUAGACUGACUGCACAUCGCGCAUGUUUGAGAAAUGACCCGACGCCAUAUCUCCACUAGAAAAAUGACUUCGUACGAAGGACUAGACUACUAUCAUUUUUAUGGCAUAGGACUUAGUGGUGAUGUGCUUCUUGUCUUGAAGGUGAGUUGAUGAUAUUGGAAAACUAGAGGUGCUAUCCCACUGUCGCAAAUGCAAUGUCAGGCCUCUAUACCUUUUUGCAUUCAUCUGCAGUGUGAGACAUGCAGCAAAUAAGACGGUCUGUCAAGUGAGGUUAGCUGCAACAUCAACAAUCUGCAUGCCAGGAUCUUGUGUAUGUUCUUUACUCAAAGCGCUGGAGCUCCACUACUGAAUCUG